GCAGCUCGUUGUGUGUUUGUGUAUCUAGUCGGGACGAAGCGUCGGAUACCCAGAAAGCGGCUCGUUCGACGAUGAGCAGCAACAGUGUGGAUUCGUAUGAUGAUCCAGAAAACAUGGAUGGGUUUGCUUAUAGCUUCGGAUACUCCCUUGUCGUCGUUGUUGUUAUCAUCUUGAUUACCGCGGCUUCCUACUACUGCACCCGCAAGCAUUCCCUCACUGAAGGCGGCAGCUCCAUUAGAAGAGCUGAACCUGCAGACUCGGUUAUCAUCGAUGUGGGACUCGACGAAGCAGCUCUCCGCAGCUUCCCGAAGUUCCUUUACUCCCAAGCCAAAGUCCACAAAGCCGACUCAACCGCUUCCUGCUGCUCCAUAUGCUUGGCGGAUUAUAAAGUCAGUGAUAUGAUUAGGCUGUUGCCUGAUUGUGGUCAUCUUUUCCAUCGGAAGUGUGUGGAUCCAUGGUUACGGCUGCACCCUACGUGUCCGGUGUGCCGGAACUCACCCGCCCCAACUCCUCUUCCGACUCCUCUCGCUGAGGUGGCUCCCUUGGCAGGACGACGAGAUUGAGAAAAUACG